AGGACAUUCCCCCAUACAGCAGAAGCAACAAUGGCAAAGAAGGCAGGAGGAGGAGGAGGAAAGCAAAAGUCGAAAGCCACGACCCCGGCAAAGGCCGCAGGAGCUGCCGCGAAAGCCGCUCGCGCCGCCAAAGUGACCCCGGCCUCGGACAUCAACGCCUUCAUUGAGGAGCAGCAGCUGGAAGUCGACCCUGAAGUGGCAGCAAUGAUGAAGGAGAACGACCCAUCGGCCGUGAAGCUCAAGAAGGUCGGAGGGAAGAAGCAGAAGCACAAGGCGGCGGCAGUAGCUGUCGCGGCUGACAGUGAGGAUGAAGAGAAGGAGGCAGCGGGAGAGAAUGGAGCUGAGGAAAUGGACGAGGAGGAUGAACUGGAAAUGCAGGCGUAUCUGGAAAUGAUGAAGGGCAAGGGAGAAGAGGGUAGCGACGACGAAGAGCUGGUCGAGAAGGUGUAUGCCAACAACACGGUCGCACUAUUGUCCCGCCUCGAAGACAUCCGCCUCCCCACCACCCUUCCCUGGAUCGAGACGCAAUCCAUCACCUCCCCAGCGCCUCUCGACCUCGAACAGGCAGACGUGCAUGACGACCUGAAACGGGAGCUCGCGUUCUACAAGCAAGCGCUGUUCGGCGCAACAGAGGGCCGGAAAAAGAUUCUGGCUGCCGGUGUGCCAUUCUCCCGCCCGGACGACUUUUUCGCGGAAAUGGUCAAGACGGAUGAGCACAUGGCCAGGGUCAGGCAGAAGUUGCUGGAUGAGGCUGCGUCUAUCCAGGCGGCAGAGAAGGCGAGGAAGCAGAGGGAUCUCAAGAAGUUUGGCAAGAAAGUACAACAAGAGAAACUGCUGGAACGCACGAAAACCAAAAAGUCCGAAAUCGAAAAGGUCAAAGUCGCACGGCGGAAACACGCCUCCACUGAAAACGCGAACGACGACGGCAACGCCGGGGACGAUCUGGAUUUCGGUAUCGAGCUGGACAAAGCCGACAAGGCCUCUCGCGGGGGUCGUGGCGGCAGCAGCGACGGUAACAAACGUAAACGCAAGGACGAGAAGUUCGGCUUUGGCGGCAUGAAGCGGCACAAGAAGAGCAAUACCGCCGACAGCGUGGACGAUUUAAGCGGGUUCAGCGCGAAACGAAUGAAGAGCAGUGUUGGUGGUGGUCGUGGUGGGGGUGGAGGGAGGGGGCGGGGCGCGAGUAGAGGUGGAGGGCGGGGACGUGGGGGUUCGAGGGGCGGGUCAAGGGGUGGGUCAAGGGGUGGAAGCCGUGGAAGGGGUUCGAGCAGAGGCCGGCGUUAA